AUAACACAAAUUUUUCAACAACAUCAUAAAUAGUGUUAAUCUUUCUGUAAUUCGAUUUUAUCAAAAGAUAGAUCCAUGCUUGUGUUAGAUUCAACCGUUAAGUUGUUAAUUAUUCAACACAUUUCGAUUAAGCUUUAGAAAACAACAGAAAUGAUGUUGAUAUGGAAUCAGAACAGCAUAUAGUACGUUAUUAGAAUAGCUAAUAUCUGCUUUUGUUCUACUUAAUGUCAACAAAAGUAAAUAGAUAUUUUAUCUUCAUCUGAAGAACCAUGAAUUUUGUCGUGAAAAAACACUGACGAGGGAACAUUCCUAACUGUCACAUCGCUUUUGAGUCGAGUGUAUAGGCAUCAUGUAGGUCCUAAUGAUCUAUGAAUGCUCUGAAAAAAGUUCGUGCCGCUAGCUUCUUACUGUUGAGAUAUAGCAUUUUUACUGUAUGUUUAAGGAAAAAGCCGUGGUCCCCCUCAGGAACAUCAGAAAAAGUGACUUUUGAGUUUCCACCUGAAACUUUGCAUGUAGACAGGCCUCAAUGAGAACAGUUUAUUGUGAAGGUUUCAGAUUUUUUUGGUUGCUCCUAGUCUGAGAUAAGAACAUCGGAUCUGCUGGUGUAUAUGAACAAUUUUACGAUAGCUAUAUCUUAGGAUAGGAACAGCGAAAAGAGCUGAAACUUUCACAAUAAAGUAUUCUCAUUGAAGCCUAUAUCUAUGCAAAGUUUCAAGACGAAAUUCGAAAUUCAGUUUUCCGAUGUUCCUGAGGGGGGCCACGGCUUUUUUUUUCUUAAACAUACAGUAAAAACGCAGUAUGUCGGCAAUAAUAAGCUAGCGGCACGAACUUUUUUCAGAGAAUUCAUAGAUCGUGAGGGUCUACAUAAUGCGCAUACGUUUGACUUAAAAGCGAUGUGUCAGCUGAGAAUGCCCCCUCGUGAGCCUUUUUCGUAUUAUUGACAGAAUAAUAAAUUAUUCGAUAUUAGCCAAAAUAUUGAAAAGUUCGAAGCACCAUUUAUUAAAUCAUAACCUAUCAGGACUAAAUUAUUCUCAAACAUAUUGCCUAUUCAAAGUAUUUUGAAAACAAGAUUCAAAUUUUUUAAACUCUUUUAAUAAAAAAAAAUAUAACGUUUUUGCCAGUGAUUUAUGUAUUUUCUUUCUAUAUCUUUAUCGUCUGCAUAAGAUCAUUUCAUUGCUCAGAGAAAUAUGAUUGAAAAUUUCAAAUAGCUUAUAAUAAAUACAAUUAGCGAGAGUAUUAUUACCGUAAUUUUUCCACUUCGUUACAUUUAUUUUCACAUAUGAAGUAAAUUUUUCUCGAUUUUUGUAGUAACAACAUCAAACAUAAGGAAAACUACAACAACAGGUAAGCUGAAAAUAAUUAAAAUGAAAAUUAAUUAAAAUAAUAUUCUUAUGAAAUUUCAAGUAACAACCACAACAUCAACAAGUUCAAGUAGAAAUACGAUUCGAAUCUUUCAUAUUUUACCUUUUUUUUUUUUUUUUAUUUGUCUUUUAUUUAAAAGCUACGACGACGAGUACAACAAGCACAACGAGUACAACAACAUCUUCAACUACAACUUCAUCAACAAGCACAACAACAUCAACAACAUCAACAACUUCAAGCACAAGCACAUCAACAACAUGUAACGAGAAUAAAUGCUUUUUUUUCUUUCAGAAUACAUGAUGAAAUGUACAUCUUUUUGUUUAUUAAAGCAACCACCACAACAACAACGGUAACAGACAUACUUAGUUGCAUUCCAAGUAACGAUCUUCAGUGGAAUCAAACAGGUGCGGUUGUUGUUAAUCAAUUUAAGAAUGCAGCUGCCUUAUAUAUUGGUACAAAUGAUACUCUAUAUGUUUCUGACGCCGGUAACAAUCAUGUUCAACAAUGGAGUCAAUGUGCAACAAGUGCCGAGACAAUAGCUGGUAGCAAUACUAGUAAUUCGGGUUCAACUUCGACUUUGUUUGACAGUCCUGAUGACAUUACUUUUGACAAAUAUGGAUAUAUGUAUGUAGCUGAUCAUAAUAAUCAUCGUGUACAACGCUUUCCUCCGAAUUCUAAUAUUGGUACAACGGUUGCUGGAACUGGAACUAAAUCAAGUGCAUUAACAGAUUUAGAUCAUUUAUCAGCGAUUGAUGUUGAUGACAAUUUAAAUAUUUAUAUUGCUGACAUACAUAAUGAUCGAAUCGUCAAAUGGGCUUCGAACGCAACUAGUGGUACUGUUGUAGUUAGUAACAGUCUCAUCGAUAAAUCCUAUGACAUCCUACUUUCACCGAGUUCAUCAAAUCAAGUCUAUACAAGUAAUUCAGACAAAGAUAAAGUAUAUAUAUGGACAUUUGGUAAUAAUAGUCCAACAUCAACUCUUAGUCAAGUCAGUGCUACUAAAAAUGCUCUUGCCAAACCGAAAGGCAUGGUUUUUGAUCCAUAUGGUAAUUUAUAUGUUGUCGAUUCGGAUAAUGAUCGAGUGGUGAUGUAUUGUGCCAAUUCAGCAGUUGGCAUUGUGGUCGUUGGAGGUAGCAGUACAACACCUGAUCUUGAUAAACCAACAGCUGUUGCCUUAGAUUCAAAUCUUAAUUUGUAUGUGGCCAUUAGUGGUGGCACUAAAGUAGCUGAAUUUGCUCGGCUAUGA